ACAUACCAGUUGGAUGUACAUUUAUAAUACUUAUACUGAAAAGUGAUGUGAACAUCGAGUGCAAGUCAACUAACUAGCCGGCAACCUGAUACAAAACAGACAAGAAAAAUCGAUUAGUUAAAAACUGCAUUCAAUAUCCGUGUGAUUGUGAGGUCGGUGAACCGCUGAAAAUAAAACAAUUUACGUUUUCUGGUGAUGGAGUAAAGGAAAGUGUUCCACCUCUUGUAAUAUACAAUAUACAUGUCUUAGCAGUCGUCCAAUUUCGCAAGAGCGGUGUGAGAUCAUUCUGUGCCAUAUGAACAAUGUAUUUUUAUAUGAUGAUGUUGAUGGUUUUGGCGGUUCCAGACAACUCUGUAGGACAAAAUCCAAACAAUGUCUGUCCGACUUGGAGGGAUUACUUCACUAUGAAAAGCAAUCCAAAAUGUUGGUACGAUUUUGCUGCAGAUAACAAAGUGCCUGAAAUUAUCAAAAAGAGUGGUUACCCUUUCAUGGAAUAUAAAGUUAAAACGAAUGAUGGAUAUUUCCUCACUGUUUUUCGCAUACCAGGUGUCGCGUCCAGCAAACCGUCUAUAUUUUUGAUGCAUGGUGUCCAAGGUACAUCUGCAAUAUAUCUUGGUCUUGGUAAAAAUUCCCUAGCCUUUCUUUUGUACGAAGCUGGGUACGAUGUUUGGCUGGGAAAUUAUCGUGGCACUGAAUAUUCGGAAGAACAUGAAACGAUGAACACCACUCAACGGGAAUAUUGGGAUUACAGUGUACAAGACAUUGCCCUUGAAGAUAUUCCGACCAUGCUACAGCUUGUCAAGUAUCACUCGGGACACAGAGGAAAAAUCAUUUACAUAGGCCAUUCUUUGGGAACAACUACAGGAAUAAUGUAUGCAGCAGAAUAUGGACAAAGUGCAGCCGAUACUUUGGGUCUUUUAGUUUUGCUGACACCUGCAUAUAAACUGCCAAAUAUGCGUUCACCUUACAGGAUUUUCUUUCCGCUUUUAAAUCCUGCAUUAGAAACUGUACCUGUGUAUUUCAACCAAAUUCCUGCUGGAACAUCGCUCAAAACUCUGACUUACCUGAAUGAAGCCACAAUGAACCGCUUCACGAAAUACGACUACGGUCCUGGAAAAAACAGAUACCUAUACGGAUCUGAUACGCCGCCCGAAUUUGAUUUGAAAAAUAUCAGAGUUCCAAUAUACAUAAUGUUUGCAAGAAAUGACUGGUCUACUACUAGAAAGGAUUCAAUUGCUUUCUAUAAUACCAUUCCAGAGGAAAUGAGAUAUGGGAUGCAUGAAAUCAGGAACCUCAACUUCAAUCAUUAUGAUUUCCUAUUCGGAAGAGACUCGAAGAAACUUGUUACCGAUAAACUUCUACAAGUUUUGGACCAGUUCAGUGCCAGCAGCCCCUCAUACAAUAUUUCCACUUCUGUAACUCCAUCCUAAAACUUUCUUCAAUGGUAUUCUGUGAUUCAUUUU